AUGAAAAAAUUUUGCUUAUAUUUGUUUGAAGUUAAAUUAUCAAAUAAAAUUCAAGAAUAAAAGCAUUUUGCCUAGUUGGCAUAGGUUUGCUUGAAAUUUACUGUAGUCUUUUACUUUUGUAAAAUAUGAGAUUAUUAUAAGAGAAAUGGAAUUUAGGGGAAUAUGACAAUAAUUUUAAAAGAUAAGGGAGUUUGAGUGAAUAUUUGCUAAUUCUAAGAUAUUUUGACCCUGAAAAAUUAUGUUAACUAAGCUAAAUAUUCCUAAAAACGAUAUUAAUUAUUGGGUUAUGCUUUCCACUCUUUAUUUUUUGCUUAAGAGGAAUAAGUAUCGCAAAAACAAGAAAUUUGAAAAACAAAUCAACUUCUAUAAAAGUAUUGAUUAAUAUAAUGCUAAUCUAACUUUUUAGUUUGUGUAUUGACCUAUAUUACUGGUGUUUAUUUUAGCCUUUUAUUUAAGUAUAGCUUGAAGUAUUGCUAAUUAAUCAUUAAGUUAUGGAUUGGAAUUCGAUGUUAAAGGAGGACUAUAAAAAUGUGGUAUUUAUAGGUUUCCUUUCUUUAUUUGGAUUAUUGUUAAAUACAUUAAUGAUGAUAUUGAUAUUGCUUUUGUUUUAUAAAAAUGUCAAUUUAAAAAUUGAUUUUCUUAGUUUGGUUGUAAACGAGGAUUGGGAAAUAGUUGAAACCACUAAAUAGUUGAAAAAUAUAUUUGAAUACCAAUUUAAUUUAUUAUUGAGUUGUCCUAAACUAUUGUUAGUUUCUAAAUACCAAAAUCUAUUAUAAUUAAAUGAUUAUGAGUUAUUUCAGAUUCAAACUCAUGAGAUGUAAAAUUUUUCGAAAUAAAAAAAUAUUUCUUAUGUUAUAUAAAGUAUUAUUUGAGAUAUCAUUAGAAUAAAUGAGUAGAUUAAAUGGUAAAAUAUUUGAUGAAAUAAAUUAAGAGAAACAAUUUAAUGAGCAAUUUAUCAAAGAAAAUGAAGUUGAAUUAGAAAAAAGAUAAAAAUAAAUGAAUUCCAAUCUUCAAAAUAAAAAUAUACAUUAUUUUUAUAUUUUGAUUCUAAUUCCAAUACAAUUCAAACGAAUGUAAGAGGAAUACUUUAAUUUAAUAAUCAAUUCAGAAAUAGAAAAUUACAAUGAUUAUUCAGAAGAUUCAAUAAUGAAAAAGCAGAGCAUCAUACUAAAGAAUGACAGAAAGAAAAUUACUUUAAAAUUUUAAUUGAGAUGA